AUGCAGACUCCAGAGCCAAUCAGAACACACCAUCUGUAAACAUGGCGUCCGACUUCAGGUGGAGAUGUGUCGUGCUCCUGCUCUGCACAUAUGUGCUUUGCAUUUUAGCGACUGACAGCAAAGAUAAGCCCAAGAAAAAGAAAGAUAUACGAGACUACAAUGAUGCCGAUAUGGCACGUCUCCUGGAGCAAUGGGAGAAGGAUGAUGACAUUGAGGAGGGUGACCUCCCAGAGCAUAGGAAAUCCCCUCCUCCCAUCGAUUUCUCCAAGGUGGACCCCUCCAAACCAGAGGAGCUGCUCAAAAUGUCCAAGAAGGGCCGGACUCUGAUGGUUUUUGCCACAGUCUCAGGGGAUCCUACAGAGAAAGAGACGGAAGAGAUCACCGGCCUGUGGCAGGGCAGCCUCUUCAACGCCAACUAUGACGUUCAGAGGUUUGUGGUGGGCUCCAACAGGGUCAUCUUCAUGCUGCGGGAUGGCAGUAUGGCUUGGGAGGUCAAAGAUUUCCUUGUGUCCCAGGAACGCUGCAUGGAUGUCACCGUGGAGGGACAGGUGUUCCCUGGGAAGGCUGCCAAGAAGGAGGACACCAAAUACAAGCAGCAGAAUGAAGUCAACGCCAAGAAGAAGAUCAAGAAGAAGACUGAGAGCAAGAAACCCGACUUAGAGGGGAACAGUGCCAGCCAUUUGAAACAGGAGCUGUGAUAGAAAAAUGCAGAGGGAGAGGAAGAGCUACAGGUUGUCGAUCUUCUAUCCUGAUGCUUGUUCUCACAACCAAACUGUCAGCACGCUCAUGAGGGCCUGCAGGACCAUGUGAAGAUACAGUGGGUCAGAAUCAGCCGUAUGAGUGAACUAAUAAGUCCUGUUGAGUACAUUGACUUUGACUGCUGAGCAGGUGUCAUAACUCAAAGGUUUAUUGUCUUUUUUCACCUCUGUCAUUGAAAAAUGUUCACACAGAGUGGCAACAAGCUCUUAAAAUCAGCGUCAGUAUCAGUGCUGUCUUAUUUUUUCUUGUUUGAUUAUCACCCAAUGAAAAAAAAUACCUACGAAUAAUGUUCAGGAGGUACUUAACUCAAAAGUCUGAUUUCUUUUUUUUUGGUACAAACAUGGACUCAGUCAGGAGACCCUCAGGUCUUAGUCUGUGUUAGACUGUUCACAUCCAGCAUCUUGUCAAGAUUUGAUUUAAAAGUAGCACCAACAUUUUCUGUUUCUAAUUUUUCACUGCACUUGAAAAUAAACAUUUUUUUAAAUA